AUGGCAGCAUCUGCGUCUACUUCCGCUGCGGGUCCCUCCUCCUUCGGCGCGCUGCUGCUGCCUGGACAACCAGUACCAGCAAGCGGCUCCAGUGGCGCUGGAACGUACCGUCGUGGCUCAUACCUGCUCUCCUCCGUCGUGGGCCGGGCUCGCGCCCAGACUUCUGGAGGUGUACAAGGUCACACGUCCGGCUUCAUCAUUCCUUCGCCAGGUUCCGUAGUUCUGGGUCGCAUCACACGGGUAACUCCCAGACAAGCAAGCGUCAGUGUACUCGUGGUUGAUGGUCAGCCAGUAUCUGCUGGAGCUAGCAACGGGGGCGCAAUGUCUGCCGGCGAUGCCAACAGAGCUGCGGGUGAGGACCCCGGAGGAGCCGACUUCACCGGUGUCAUCAGACAGCAAGAUGUGAGAGCGACCGAGAAGGACAAGGUGAAGCUAGCAGAAUGUUUCAGGCCAGGUGACAUUGUUCGAGCGCAAGUCGUUAGUGAACGUGCUCCGUCUGACUGCGCCAAGAGUAGUUUCCAACUGACGGCGUUCCUCCAUUGAUCCGCAGAUCUCUUUGGGCGAUGCCAGAUCUUACUACCUCUCAACAGCCUCGAACAAUCUCGGCGUCAUUUACGCUCUACCUGCCGUGCCUUAUUCAGAGGACAUUGAUGACGAAGUGGACACGCUUGUGACAUCUCAUCGAGGCACCAUUCCCCCUCUAGAACCAGUGAGCUGGAUCGAGAUGAGAGAUCCACGCACGGGUGUCAUCGAGAAGCGUAAGGUCGCCAAGCCUGAAGGCGUCUGA